UUCCUGCCCGGAAGAAGACAGCAAUCUGGAACGGACCGACCACCGGCGCCCAGAGGACCUGGCGGAGAGUGGAAGGUGCGCGGUGGCAGGCAUGGAUCAAAGCAGUGAAGGAAGUGCUAAAAAAAUUAGCAAUGUGAAUCUUGACAAACUGAUAGAUGACUUCUCACAGAUUGAAAAGAAAAUGAUAGAAAUCACGGGAAAGAAUAACCAACUGGAUAUUCAGCUGGAGAAGACUAAUAGUUUAUUAAAGAUAAUGCAAACAAAAGAGACCACAAUAAAAGAAGAAUGUACUACUCUUCAUACUAUGAUAAAAGGGCUACAACAGACUAUUCAAUAUCAACACAAUUUGAAAGAUGAAAAUGAACAACUAAAAAGAAAUGUUGAUUUUAUGAAAGAGAAGUUAAAAUCACAUGAGCAGGAAUAUAAAAAUAAUGUUGCAAAACUUAUAAGUGAAAUGAAAAUCAAAGAGGAGGGACAUAAAAUCGAAAUGAGCAAACUUUAUCAGGAUCUGCAGAAAAAAGUUGAAUUAAAAGAAGAAAAGCACAAAGAACAAAUGGCAAAGAAGGAGAUGGAAAUAUCAGAGUUAAAUGCAAAAUUAAGAACUCAAGAGAAGGAAAAACAAAAUGAAAUACUCAGACUACGUCUAGAAUUUGACACCAAACUAGCAAGAGUUCAGACUAAAUCAAAGUCAUAUUCGGAUGCUGCUAUUUUGCCGCAGAGUAUCUACAGAAGGAAGCUUCAGCAUCUUCAGGAGGAAAAGAGCAAGGAAAUUGCAGGUCUCCAGAACACCAUCCGAGACUUGGAGCAGCGCCUCGCAGCCGUCAAAGAUUCCCGCCUCACACGGAGACGGUUUUAAGAAGAGCACUUCAUGCAUUAGUUACAACUUAAUUUCCUUAAAGGCAUCAAAAAUUCACUUCUGUUUUCCGUGUGAGCAUGCUAAAUAAUAAAGAUGCACUCUGUUAA